UCAUUUUCCUCCCAUUCCAGCCCUCCCCUUCUUUGUCUUUUCUUUGUUUCCCUUUUCCUCUCUUCUUUUCCACCCCUCCCCUGCAUUUUCCUUCUCAAAACCCUAGAUUUUAAAUCUAGGGUUUGAUUUUUCCUUCCACUCUCUUCUUCUUUUCAUUCCAACCCUUCUUCAACCUUCACACUUUUUCCUCCCAUGUCUGCUUUUCCUUCUAAUUUCUCUGCAUUUCUCACCUGAACUCACAUUUCUCAUCACUGCUUUCUUUCUUGGGGUGAAACCCAUUUUAGUUUCAUCUUCAUUUUUUAGUUUUUUUUUUUUUGGUCACUUUUAGUUGGAAUUUGGUUCUGGGUUUUGCCUUUUCUCCUUCUCUUGUUAAACCCUUGCUAAACCCUUUGUUUUGAUUCAUUUCGUUGGAAGAGGGAUACUCCCCACCUUCUGUUUCUUCUCUUCGUGUAGCAGUUUGAAAAUCUUACAUUUUUCUUCAUAUGUUCUCUUCAUCUUCUAACUUGGGUAUCUUGUAAAAACAACUUUUGAUCAGAAAAUGCCUGUUGGAUCUUGAAAUUUUUGACUGGAAUUCUACUCUGUUCUGUUAUGGUUAGAGAUUUGGGUUUGAAGUUUUCUGAAAACGUUAGUUUUGUAAAAAAGUAUUUUCUUGGUUGUUAAGACCACACAAGUCUUUCUUCAGUGAGGCUAUUCUUGCAAGUAAAUGAAUGGAUGGGAGGGAAGGCAUGGCAUUGUCUGGUGGCUCUGCUUCUUAUUACAUACAUAGGGGAGGAGGGGUUGGUGGCUCGGGAUCAGGGCUGCCUACGGCCGGAUCACAUGCCUCCCCUGUAUUCCGGCCGAUGGCUAAUCAGGGUGUUUUGUCUCACUCAAAUCUUAGAGGCAACUCAGUUGGAUCAACAUAUGCUGUUGAGCCAUCACAAUCGAAUUAUCUUCGUGGGAUGGGUAUCAAUGUCUCAGCUGGAGUGAACUCUGGUGAACCUGUAAAGAAGAAGAGAGGGAGGCCCCGGAAAUAUGCCCCAGAUGGGCAGGUCUCAUUGGGUUUGUCUCCCAUGUCUGCUGGUUCUAAACUCACUCCGGGUUCGAAUUCGUCGACCCCUAGACGACGACGAGGGCGGCCACCUGGUUCUGGAAGGAAACAACAAUUAGCUCUCCUAGGUGAUUGGAUGAACAAUUCAGCUGGACUAGCCUUUGCCCCACAUGUUAUUCACGUUGGAGCUGGAGAAGACAUUGUAGCAAAAGUAUUGUCAUUCGCACAGCAGAGGCCAAGGGCUGUUUGCGUCUUGUCUGGCAAUGGUACUGUUUGUUCCGUAACAUUACGUCAGCCUGCAUCUACUGGUGUGAGCGUCACCUACGAGGGUCAUUUCCAGAUACUGUGCUUGUCUGGCUCUUACUUGGUGGCUGAAGAUGGUGGUCCCCGAAGUAGGAUGGGUGGUAUUAGUGUUUCCCUCGCCAGUCCCGAUGGUCAUGUCAUUGGUGGUGGUGUUGCCGUUCUUAUGGCUGCUGGCCCUGUUCAGGUAGUUGUAUGUAGUUUUGUUUAUGGUGCAAAGAUAAAAAACAAGCAGGUGGCUGGUCCAAAAAGCAAUGAUGGUUCGGGAAAUGAGCACCACGAUAAUUUGGUUUCGCCCACAAGUGCCCCAUCUGCCCAAACCUACAAUCCGUCUCCAAUUGGUGUUUGGCCUGGUUCCCGUUCGGUCGAUGUGAGAAACCCUCGUACUGGAAUUGACUUGACGCGAGGAUGAUGAAUAUGUUGCAACAGACACAUGUUGAUUUUGUACAUAUGUGUUGUUGUAAAUGAACCAAACCUUGUGAGAACUGUACCUUUUUCCGAGUCGACUUCUUUUCGCAGCGGUUAACAGAUUGAUGCUAACAGAUGGUAUGUAGCAAGAGACCUCAUUUCAAGUUUCUCAAGUCAAUGUUGAUUUUAUUGGACAGUUUUUGGUUUUUGGAGGGUAAGAAUGUGGGGCAGCUGUAGCAGAAGGAAGAAGCAUGUUUGUCUUUGAGCAGGAAUUUUCCAUCUAAUGAAAUAUAUUAGGGGUUCCUAGGACAUUAUGUUGUGUUUUAAGAUGUAAUCUUAAGUUAUAUAUCAGAGUAUUAUUUCAAUUUCCUUUUCAAGGGCUUCUGCUUGAGAUGAAAAGGUAUGGUGAUGUUGGUUAGAAACAGAACUGGAAUGGAAUAGGAAUUAGAUUUUGUUCAAAGACUUGUACUUUGAUCCAUUCAAUAUGUGUUUAUGUGGAAUUUUAUAGAUUAUAGAUCAAUUAUAUAUGAUCUUCAAUAAUA